AAAGUCUAACCCGGAAGUUCGUUUUAUUUUGUUGAUAGCGUGGUUGGUAGCUACAGUUAUUGUACAGUUAAUCAAGCCUGAUUUUUGACAGCUGCGUUUACUAUGAAUGUUCAGUUUAACGACACCGAGGUCGACGUGACUGAUGCAGUGGUGAGGCUUGAGCAGAAAUAUUUGGAGAGGAGGAAACAGAUACCAUCUUCUUCAGAAGACAGUCCCUCAGGAACGGAUGGCGAAGCAGUACAAAGGCUGAUUUUGGCCCACACAUCAAGGCGACCAAGGAGAGAACUGAAAUGCUUCAGCAAAGCUUUAAAUGAGCUCUUCAAAGCAGUUACUGCCCACCCCAAACAGUUUAGUAUUGAUCAUGUUCUGCAGAGAAGAGACUUUGCAGUUGCUCCACUUCAGGACUCUCAGGUGCCGUGCACAGAGACAGAUGUGACUCUGCCCUCCUGUCUGGAUAAUAAUAGCCCUGGAUCCCAUGGUACUGAAGCAGACAGAGAGACACAGAAAACUCACCAAUUCCCUGACUCAUGCUGCUCUUCGUCGUCAGUAUUUGUCAACGUUUACCAGGAAAUGAUGACCAUAUAUGAACAGCUAAAGACAGAACGACAAAGCCAGCAACAGUGGGAGAGGGAGCUGCAUGAACGAGAAAGGAGGCUGAAACAACAGGAGGAAGCUUUUAGGAGGCUGUCUGGGCUGGAAGAGAUUCUCCAUACUCGCAUACUGGCUGUAGAGGAGAAACACCACCAGGAGCUUUGUCAGCUGAAGGAUCUUCUUCAACAGAAGAACAAAGAGAACAGGAGGCUCAAAUCCAACUUUGACACCAUUAAGAAUUUGAAUGAAAACAUGAAGAAACAGUUGACUGAGAUCAGUGAACAGAAUAAGAAGUUGGAGAGCCAGUCCAAGAGGGUACAGACUCGACUUGAGAACCUGCAGAGAAAAUACGAACACAGCACAGCACCAAGAGCCUGUCAGAGAGAUGUUGGGAAUAUUAAACUGUCAAAAAAGGAAAGAAGUGCUGCCUCUGGAAAACCCUUCUGCAAGAGCAGCUCCAGUCCCACCUCAUUAAAGCUCCUGGCCCUUUUACUGGACUGGGUACUUGAUGGACAGACAUUCUCAUCAGUUGAAGGAAAUGAGAAGAGAGGUGUAGGCCAGUGUCUGCCGCCGGAAGUUGUGCUCAACAACAGAUGCCUCAAGAUGCUGCCGUUAUUAGCAGAUGAGCUUCAUCACACUCAUGAGUCAGAACCAGAUCUCCUCCUCAGCCUUCUCCGCCUUAUCCAUUGGGCUUUGAGACACAUGGACCAUGGCACACAAAAUGUGGCUCUUUCUGCCACACUGCAGUGGAUCGGAGAAGAAGUGUCAAAACCAGCAGGCCAGUCAACAUCACUACACUGUGAAGAUCUAUACCACAGUGAAACAGCUGGAUCCCUCAAGAACCGGCCUCUUUACCGCAGCCCCUGUCCUCACACCUGCAUUCUUUCCAUCCUCAUUAUCCUCCGCACUGUCACGCAAGCUGACGUGCUGGCCAAGGCUCUGGACAGCCUCCAUACUGAGCUGAUGUCUGAGGAGAGCAGAGGCCUGUUUAUCUAUUAUGAAGGAGUGUGUGUGCUGCUGAUGGUGUUACAGGCUGGCCGUGCGGGUUUACACACACCCACAGACAUCCUGAUGCAGCUAACUGAACAGUCCCGCUACCUAAAUCCCUUCCUGGAGGCAUGUAGCAGUGAGGAGUUUUUCCAAACAGCCACCCAGCUCAUAAACCAUCCUCGCUUGGAUCUCCCAUCUCUGGAAAAGCUCACUAUCCUUUUGCAGAAGCUCUCCAGGAACAGGAAGAACCGUCGACUGUUUGAGGUGUCCUCUCUCCGCCUGCAGAUACAAGAGCUUUAUCACAAAACCAGUCACAAACAUACUUUCCUCUGCCUCAACCUCUGCUCCAUUCUCCACAACCUGAAAUAAAAAUGCACGCAGACACACACAUGCAGAACCGUUCUGUUCCUCCCGCUGGAUUCUUCAGGGUCUUUUUAAAAAGGUCAGAUUUCUUCAGUCUUAUAUUUUCUGGAGUCUGCCAUUUCUGCUCUAACUGGAAUUAUUGUGUUUUCCCACCGUGUAGCGCUUCAGUUCUCCAUCCUGUUUUACCUCAAGCAACACAUGCAGACCCACUUUCUUUAUUUGUGUUGUGAUGUGUUUUUGAAGUUCUUUUUUAUGUCAGAAAUGCUUUGUUAAUAUUGUUUAUGUUUUGCACUCUCCUCUGUUUUUGUGUGUUCCACUGUGCUAAUGUGAUGUUUUGGCUUUUUCUGCGAUAAAGGACCCUUAGAAAAUGAGUGUCAUGCUUGCCAGUGGACUUAAUGGGUGUCUCAUGUGCACUGAGGAAGACAGGCUGUGACUGUAGAGCUUUUUUAAUGACAAUAAACAAAAAAGAACCAAAGAACAUUAAGAGUGGACUGCCUGUGAAAUCCAUAUGUUUUUUAUAAUCAUGUCUUAUUUGUUUGCAUGGGUAGGUUGAUGGGAGUAAUGGCCUCAGUAUGGGACACACUCGUUUUUGGUUGAUGUAGGAGAUUGAAGGGACUGAAACAAUUACAACCAAUUUUUAUAACAUUCUUAUAGAAAAGUAUUUAGAAGUUCUCGAUUUGUCUGGAUUUGAAACGGGUGCACCCACGAGCAUAUGAAUUAUUAAAUUAACUUCUCAUUUUAUUCCGGUCAUAGAUUCAGUAUAAUGAGAUGAAGGAUUUGGCAAAUGUGGUGACUUUGAUCACAUUUAUUGUAGAUUGUACUGCACACUGCAGUGUGCGUGUAU